UGCAUUUUUCAAAACGUCUUCAGCAAUUGUAUCGAAGUUGUUCAUCAUGAAAGUUGUUCUGCUUCUUGCUGCUCUUUGCGCCUUUGCUUACGCUCGGCCUGAAUAUACAACUAAAUACGACAACAUCGAUUUGGACGAAAUUCUCCGCAAUGAGAGGCUUUUGAAAUCCUAUUUCCAGUGUCUUGAGGGAACCAAAUCGUGUACCAAGGAUGGACAGGAACUGAAGGACAUUCUUCCUGAUGCCCUCAAAACGAAAUGUUCCCAGUGCAAUGAAAAUCAAAAGCGCGGCGCAGAGAAGGUGAUCCGUCACUUAAUCGAUAACAAGCCAGAUUGGUGGAAGAAACUCGAAGCCAUCUACGAUCCAGAGGGCUCUUACAGAAAAGCAUACCAGGAAGAAGCUGAAAAGAAGGGUAUUCAACUACCAAAGUAGAUUUGAGAACCUUUUAUUUUAAAAUUUGUCGACAAAUAAAAUUAUCUCUUGAAAAUAAA